ACCCUCCUUGUGGACGGUUUCAGUGUCUGUUUUCUGAACGCCAGUCCAGUCAGCAGUCUUCCCCGUGAAUGUGCAGUUCACUAAUCCACACUGAGAGACCACUUAGAGGCUCAAAAAACCUUAGUGGGUUUUAUUUGGAGUUAAUUCAUGUGGGACACCAGAAAUUUUAAUAUUGAAUUACUUUGCAAUUUUCUAAUUUUCUGAAACACUGAAUUUUGGGUUUUCGUGAUCUGUAAGCUCAUCACAAUUAUAAGAAACAAAUGGUUGAAAUAUUUGUCUCUCUGUAAGGACUCUAUAUAAGUGAGUUUCUCUUCCUGAAAUAACUGACUAAAACAUUGAACUUUUUAAAGAAAUUCCGCUUUUUUAGAUGUACCUGUACAUCCGUGUUCAAUCCAGCCUCGUCUGAAUGUUGCAUUAACCAACUGACUCCAGCAGAUGGCAGCAGUGAGACACAUGGCAGCUUGUGGUUGUCCAGACGCCUGACCUAAAUCCAUCUAGGGUCCAUAACUAUCUAAAUCUACCGGAGUGUGAGCUUUUCGAUUCACAGCGUAACCCUAUUUUCCAUUAAAGUCAGAACAUCGGGGGCGUGUGUGGACCAAAAUUACGAUGGAAAGCUGCAGAUCUGGAGAACAAUCCAGCUUCGAUGACUCUGUGAAGAAAAAGAGCGCAGAAGAGGAGCAAUCUUGGGUGGUUAAAGAAGAGGUUCCUGAUGUGAGCAGUUCCAGUUUGGACCAGCAGAAAUUCACAUGUUCCCAGGUGAGGAAGGAAGAGGAGGAACAGUGGAUCAGUCAGGAGGUAGAGCAGCUUACUGUGAAGAAAGAAGAUGAAGCGAAACCUCAGUUGGCAGAAGUUUAUCUCUUCAAAAGUGAAGACAGCAGAGAGACAGAAACUUCAACUAGCAGCUCAGCUGAACAGAUGAAAACAGAAUCUGAUGGAGAGAUCAGUGGAGGAUCAGAACCCGAGAGAGAGCCGGAUCCAAAUACUAAUUUACAGCCAAAUAUUGAAGACAGGCAAUCAGCCUCUUCUGAGACUGAAGUCAGUGAUGAAGGUGAAGAUGACAGUAUAUCAGGUUCUGGAUCUGAAAAUGAAGACAGUGAUGAAGAUUGGAGGGAACCCAGAACACGUCAGUCUGGUGUAAACAGCAAAGUGGGACGUAAAGCUGCCAAGAAAACCUUCAGCUGCCCUGACUGUGGUAAAGAGUUUGUGAGGAAGCAGAUGUUCCAGAAACAUAUGGCAGGUCAUUCAGGAGAAAAGUCUUCCAGCUGUUCGAUUGAGAAGAAUCACUCUAGAGGGAAGCAAAACAGUGAUGCACAGAUAGGACUCGAACCAGGAAGGGAAUCCUUUUCCUGUGAUGAUUGUGGUAAAACAUUUCAGAAACCGUAUAGUCUUAAAAGUCAUAUGAGAAUCCAUAGUGGUGAAAACUUAGUUGUUUGUAAAGAUUGUGGUAAAAGCUUUCACUCUCAAGAUCAUUUUAAAUCUCACCGGAGACUCCACACAGGAGAAAGACCCUUUGCCUGUGAUAAAUGUGGCAAAACAUUUAGCCAUAAGCAUACCCUUAAAAUUCACAUGACAAGUCAUACAGGAGCGAAACCAUUUCAGUGUGAGCUAUGUCAUAGAAAGUUUACCUCAAAUGGAGGUCUGAAGAACCACAUGACAAUCCAUGUUGGAGAAAAACCAUUUGCAUGCAGCGACUGUGGCAGAUGUUUCAGACUUAAGAGUGAUCUAAAAGGCCACAUGAUAACCCACUUUGACGUAAAACCAUUUGUCUGUGGGUACUGUGGUGCCAGUUUUACUCGGAAACAAAGUCUGGUUUGGCAUGAUAGACUUCACACUGGAGAGAAACUCCUGUCGUGUGAUAAAUGUGAUAAAAAGUUUGCUCGGAAGUCUCACCUUCAAAGACAUAUGCUGGUCCAUGCGGGAAAGAAGAGACCGGUUUCAAAAAAAACAAUCAAAAACUUUUCUUGUAAGGAAUGUGGAAAAAGAUUUCUUGAAAAUUAUCAACUAAAACGACACAUGGUUAUUCACAUCGGAGAGAAACCAUUUAGCUGCAAUCUUUGUUCAAAGAAGUUUGCACGAGCGGAAGGUGUAAAGAUGCAUAAUAAAAGAAUUCACUUUAAAUAGAGAUUUCACACUGAAAAUAAGUUUGGAAACACUUACUAUAAAACUUACCAUUAAAAGAGUGAUCAAUUUAUUGUUUCUGUAAAGUGUCUGAAGGACAAAAUGUAACAAAAAUAUGUAAAAGAAUUAAAUAAACUCCCCAAUUUUUAAAGUUUAUUUUAUGUCAAACAUAUUUUGUCUUGUUUUUUUUUUUUUUGCGCUAAAUGGAGGCCAUUUUCCAUAAAGCUUAAUUAUUUCUAUGCUUGGACAUAGCACUCUGUGAAUAACCAGCUUCUUCAGCAAUGACGUUUUGAGGUUUACCUUCCUUGUGGACGGUUUCAGUGUCUGUUUUCUGAACGCCAGUCCAGUCAGCAGUCUUCCCCGUGAAUGUGCAGUUCACUAAUCCACACUGUGGAUUGGUGAAUCCACAGUCUGGAUCAGAAAACCUUAGUGGGUAUUUGGAGUUAAUUCAGUAAUUCAUGUGAGACACCAUGAACCUUUAAAAUUGAACUACUUUGCAAUUUUCUGAGACACUGAAUUUUGGGUUUUCAUGAUCUGUAAACUCAUCACAAUUACAAGAAAUAAAUGGUCUAAAUAUUUCA